AUGUUUCUUGCUUCGACAACAACAUCAUCGCUUCGAUCACUCGCUCACAAAUGCUUUUCAACAUCAGCCUUUCGUGCUUCAGCGCUUUCCAACACCUAUGUCAAAUAUGAUUGGGAGGACCCUUUCAACUUGGAAUCCAUGCUUACUGAAGAAGAGCGUAUCAUGAGAGACACAGCUCGCAAUUACAGCCAAAACAAAUUGUUGCCACGUGUUGUGGAUGCUUUUCGAAAUGAGAAGUUUGAUCGGCAAAUCCUGGCAGAAAUGGGUGAACUUGGAUUGUUGGGCGCUACCAUUGAUGGCUACGGAUGUGCAGGUGCAUCAUCAGUUGCUUAUGGACUUGUUGCUCGUGAGAUUGAAAGGGUAGAUUCGGGAUAUCGUUCGGCCUUGUCAGUUGUCUCAUCGCUGGUGAUGCAUCCCAUAUGGGCGUAUGGUACCGAGGAACAAAAAAACAAGUAUCUACCUGGUUUAGCCAAAGGCACUACCAUUUGCAGUUUCGGAUUAACUGAACCCAACCACGGCUCUGAUCCUAGUGGUAUGGAAACUACAGCACGCAAAGAGGGCGAUACCUAUGUGCUCAAUGGCAGCAAAUCCUGGAUUACAUUGGCUCCUAUUGCUGACAUCAUAUUGAUAUGGGCUAAAAACUUGGAUGAGGAUGGUGCUGUACGUGGUUUCAUUGUUGACAGGAACACACCUGGUCUUGAGACACCUGUAAUUGAAGGCAAACUCUCGCUUCGAGCAUCGAUCACAGGCAUGGUUAUGAUGGAUGAGGUGCGUGUGCCAGCUGAAAACAUGUUGCCUGGUGCCAAAGGGUUACGUGGUCCUUUUGGAUGUUUGAACAAUGCAAGAUUUGGUAUUGCAUGGGGAGCACUUGGUGCAGCUGAAGCAUGUUUGAAUACUGCAAGAGACUACACGAUGCAACGUACUCAAUUUGGUCGACCUUUGGCAAGCAAUCAAUUGAUCCAAAAGAAACUUGCAAAUGCACACAGCGAGAUUGCACUUGGGCUUCAUGGUUGUUUGCAAGUCGGGAGACUCAAGGACCAAGGCAAAGCGGCUCCUCAAAUGAUUUCUUUGUUGAAGCGUAAUAAUACCAUCAAGGCCUUACAAAUCGCCAACGAAUGUCGUGAGAUGCUAGGUGGCAAUGGGGUUGUCGAUGAAUAUCAUGUCAUGCGUCACGCUUGUAAUCUUCAAUCUUUGGUCACGUAUGAAGGCACAUCAGAUAUCCAUGCUCUUAUUCUCGGCAAGAGUAUUACCGGCAUCAACGCUUUUUACUGA